UUCAUUGGCAUUCGCCAGUUUUUAACUAGAACACACCAAAAGUCGACCCAAGUCCUGUAAUAAAAAACCUUCGGUCUGAGCUAAUACGCGCAAACGUCGGAACACCAAGGCUUAUUGAUAUUUACAGAAUUGUAAUGCUGGACUUUUCAGAUGCCUGAUGCUAAAAUUAGUCACAUUUUGUCAUUCAGUAGUGAAGAUUCAACGCACGUUGCUGAGAAUCUGCUAAAGCAAGAGAACGCCCGUAAAUGGAACUGCGCGAAUGCAGGAGAAAAGACGGCGUCGGUGAUUUUGCAGCUUGAAAAGGCGACGAAGAUAGAAGGCAUUGAUAUAGGCAACGAUGGCUCAGCAUUUGUAGAGGUACUUGUCGGUCGUUCUGGUUCACAAAAUUCUGAUGGUGACUAUGAGGUACUGCUAGUGACGUCAUCAUUUAUGAGUCCUUCAGAGAGCAAGUCUGGUGCGAACAAGAGCAGAGUUAAGAUGUUUGGAAAGCAAAUGCUAUCAAAGGUAACUGUUGAUCAGAAGUGGGAUCGAGUGAAGAUCAUUUGCACGCAACCAUACAACAAGAAUGUGAAGUAUGGAUUGGUGUUUGUACGCCUGCAUGGGCCACCGGACGAAUCAGAUACAACAAACACAACAAAUAAACAGCAAGUCACAUUCGGUGCGUUCAAACUGCGUGAUGAUGUUGAUACGGCUAGUCUACGUGUUGGCUCGCUGUUUGAAAGCCAGAAGGCUUCGUCGCCCUUAAAACUCUCUGUAGCUGCUUCUGCAAGAGCCGCAUCGAUGUUGAGUGAUUCUUCAUCUUGUGUAAGAGAAACUGUGUCGACAAAGACAAUGGAAAGUGUGGAAAGGCCAGUGAAAAUUUUGGGUGAGGCAAGUGUGAAUAAGGCGAGUGCACACAAGGCAAGCAAUGAGCCACCAGCAAAGAAGGCAAAGUCAUCAUCACUAAGGACCACCAACCCAUCUUCAGUGCCAUUCAAUGAGAUAAUGAAAGGAGUUCGCUUUGCUUUUAGUGGGUUCAAGAAUCCGUAUCGUGGUGAGCUUAGAGACAAGGCUCUUGCCUUGGGAGCAAAAUAUGAACCUGACUGGGGUUCGAGAUGCACUCAUUUGGUGUGUGCUUUUCCAAAUACACCAAAAUUCAAUCAAGUAAAAGCUGAACGUGGCACUGGAGUUAUUGUGCAACAAGAAUGGAUUGUUGAUUGCUACAAACGGAGAAUCAAGUUGCCUUCUAGUCGUUACACGUUUGACAGACCAGCCUCAGACUCAUCAUCUGAAUCUGACUCGGAUAACAUGGGAAUGUCAGCAAUAGCAAAGCAACGACUUCCUAAAGCAUCGCCAGUGAAACAACAUACAAAUGUGAAAACAGAUUGUGCAAGCAGUGAACAGAGAGCUACAUUGACAACUGAUCAACAAAUUCAGGACAGUAGGAAGGAAGAUGACGGAUCCAGUAAUGAGAUGUCAGACCAGAAAGUGUCGGUAGGAUCUAAAGAGACAAAGGAAGUCGAACUGAAGCCAGAACAAAAGACAAACCCUCAGACAAAGAAAAAAGCACAAGGAGCUCGAAUUCAAUAUGACACAGACAGCGAAGACACGGAUGAUGAAAUUAGAAAAGUUCAGAAUGGUGCAAGCAAAGAAUCAGAGGCAUCAAAGCAACAGCACCAAACGAAACAAAAAGCAGCUGACGUAGAGGAUGCAUCAGAUAAGGAAGGAAGAGAUGUUGAGCCAUUGCCAGACCUCUUCGCCAACCAGCAUUUCUUACUGUAUGGAGACUUUGAGGAGGCAGUUCGUCGACGAAUUGUCAAGUAUAUAAUUGCGUACAACGGUUGUGUUGAAAACUAUAUGAACAGCUCAGUUUCUUUCGUCAUCACUGCAUCAAACUGGAACGACGAGUUCGACUCGGCUCUAUCUGAUAAUGCAUCCUUGUCGUUCGUGAAGCCACAGUGGAUAUUCGAGUGUCACAAACAACAGAAACUCUUGCCACACCAGAAGUAUGCAGUCGUGCCAACAUAACAGCUCGUUGUCAUGUAACCCGUUUUCAAGUGUAACAUCUGAAUGCGUUGCAUGAAGAAACAUUGUGAUGUGCAAAUUAUCAUGUGCUCCACCCUGUUAUUGAUAUUAAUGAGGUGACAGCUAAUGUACUUCGAGUGGAUGGAUGGAUGGAUGGGUGUCAAUGUGUCUUGUACAAUGUGUCUUGUAUGAAUACAUGUGUGUAUACACGAUUACAGAGACAAGAGUUUCUUAUGUCUCAUUGUGUAUACUACGUGUCUGUCUACCAGUAGGACACAAGUCGAAGAUGAAGCACACAAAAUACGAGUUUGUCUGUUUGUUUGCCUGUCUGUGUGUCUGUCCCUGUGUCUGUCUGCCUGUGUGUCUUGUCUUUGUGUCUGUCUACUUGUCUUUGUGUCUGUCUGUGUGCCUGUCUGCUUGUCUUUGUGUCUGUCUGUCUGCCUGUGUGUCUUGUCUUUGUGUCUCUCUGCUUGUCUUUGUGUCUGUCUGUCUGUCUGUCUGUCUGCUUCUCACCUUUUCCCUCAUCUCUCUGUCCUACACACUCCUGUCAUUGUGCCUGUAAUUCCCUAACUUGUGGAUUUCCCUGCC